AUGGCAAUUGAGAAAGUUCGUGUGAUUCGGCUGGCCCACGUCACAUACCAACAUCCAGAUCUGGAGAAAGCGUUAUCAUUUCUACUUGACUUUGGUUUUGUGGAACAGUAUCGAUCAGCAAACAGAGUCUACUUACGGGGAUAUGGACAGCAGCCUUUCAUCUACGUUGCUGAGCAAUCGCCUGAUAGCAAGAGGCAUUUCGUAGGUGGUGCUUGGGUUGUUGACAGGCUCCAAGAUCUGGAGACUGCUGCGAGCAAGCCUGGCGCCAGUUCCAUCCAAGAUAGUGACGCUCCAGGAGGUGGCAAGAUUGUAACAUUGACCGAUCCCAACGGAUUCAAGCUUGAAUUUGUACAUGGUCAGGAGCUGAGGGAGGGCAAUGGUUCUGAACUACACCUGGAGCAAAAACCUGCUCAACUCCCGUCGAACACGGUAGUGCAAAAGCCACGCAAGGGCACGUUUCGAAGGUUCAAGCAGGGAGCAAGUCCAGUACACAAGUUGGGCCAUUACGGCUUUGUUGUUCCUGGCAGCAAAUACGAAAGCACGCUUUCAUGGUACUUGGACCUCAUCAAUCUGAAGCCCUCGGAUGCAGUUUUCAAUCCACAGACAGGCAAAGACGAGACAGUUUUCAACCAUAUUGACCUUGGCCAGGAGUACACUGAUCAUCAUAGCUUAUUCUUCGCAGUCGGACCUGAAGAAGCCCCCGUCCAUGUCCAUCAUUCCAGCUACGAGGUGAACGACUUUGACACUCAAACCCUAGGCCACGACUUCCUUCGUUUCAAAGGCUGGACCAACUGCUGGGGCAUCGGUAGACAUGUGCUCGGUAGCCAGAUUUUCGAUUACUGGUUUGAUGGCUCGGGAAACAUUGUUGAACACUAUUCGGAUGGGGACCUUGUCAACGAAGACACGCCGUUCACCAGGGAGGCUGCCGCCGCCGAUACUCUGCAUAUAUGGGGACCGAAUAUCCCCUUAGGCUUCUUGACCGGUCGAAUUGAAGAUGCUGGAAAAGAGGCUCCUCAACCCCCCGAUGUCAUAAACGCAAUACCUGCCCAGCUGCCGCAGCUUACUAGUCUGCGACGCCUUGGUCUCAAUGGCGCUAUCAAAGCAGACAACGUCUUCCCAAGAAGAUGUUUCGGUACUUCUCCAGACCGUCAAGAGGGUUUUCAAGUUAGAGACACUCCUCAAGGGUCUGGGCGUGAGACUCUGGUAUCCGGAACCUCGCACUCAUCACUUCUGCCAGGCCCAACAGUGCUAGUAGUCGAUGAUAAGACUAGUUUGAAGAAUAUGCUGGAUAGAAUGCUUGAUUUACCAGCAAAGCCACCUUCGCUCUACAUCGAUGCAGAAGGCGAAAAUCUGGGACGAAAAGGCACAUUGGCUCUCCUUCAAAUCAUGGUCCGUCCACAGUGGUGUACCUAUAUUGUCGACAUUCACGUACUCAAAAGUGCCGCCUUCACUACCUGUGCCAGCGACGGUACCACCACUCUCAAGAGUAUUCUUGAAAGUGAACGGAUACCUAAAGUCAUCUUCGAUGCUCGCAACGACUCUGCUAACUUGUUCAGCGAGUAUGGGAUAUUACUUGGUCGUGUUCACGACCUGCAAUUGAUGGAGUAUUUUUCGAGACCGGUCGUACCUGGGUUCACAGUCCUGGGACUAGCGAAAUGCAUCGAACAGCAUCUACAUCUGUCCCCGGACAUGGUACAAAAGUGGAUGUUACGGAAAGAAAGCGGGAAAAAGCUGUACCAUCCGAAGUUCGGAGGUUCAAGCAAGGUGUUUUUUCACAGACCACUACCUAGCAAUGUAUUGGCGUAUGCUGCAGGAGAUGUUGAAUACCUGGGUAUGUUAUACCAGAAGUACCGUCGCAACAUGCCUCGCCAGCGUUGGAAGUGGAUGCUCGAAAAGUCGCACAACAGAGUCAGGACAGUACAUCUGCCUACAUUUGCCUUGGAGCAUGACAGGAGAUGGGCUGCUCCGAAAUGGACAGGAAAAUGGGACCAGGAUGAUAAGGCGCCUAUUAAGGGAACGCCUCAUGACAUUGUUAGCCCAGCGACAGUUUUCCCCUCCACAAAUCGCAUCGUACAAGACUAG